GGAAAAAUCAACUGCCUUGACAGAAUAAAUUGCCCGUCGGUUAUGAGAACGUUGACUAGAGGAUAUCCGGGCCUGUCUCCCCUACCAUGACUACGUAAACUGGCCCAGCAAUCUGUACCCUCGCAUGCAGGAAAGAUCGAACGAAUCUAAGCGAUGCUGGCAUCGCUAAUACUUCGCAGAAAUGUGCAAUUUCAAGGUACAGGUAGUCUUGGUGCAUGAUAGAUGCGGAGUAAAGCCUCGCUUCCGGAACUGACGUUGUAUCUGGGGGGCACUAUCCAGAUGUCCAGGGUUGUGAUCGACGACGUAUUUGAUGCACUGCAUCCCCUCACGAGUGACACGGAAGCUAUGGACUGUGACUCUAGGUAGCUCCGCAAAAGUCCGUUCCAUCUCACAGUAAAAUUGUGUGAAGAUGCUGCGCUCAUUGUCCUUUUCCAUCUCGCUGUUCCUGGCGCAGGCGUAUGCCCAGUACAGCACUGGCAAUGGCACGUCUAGCAACGGGACUCAGCCUCUGUACAAGGACGCAAGUGCCUCGAUCGACGACAGAGUCGAAGACCUCCUGUCUCGCAUGACCAUCGAGGAGAAGACCUCCCAAUUGGUUCAAGGCGACAUCCGCAACUGGCUCAACAUCACCGACGGAAGCUUCAACGAGACGGGUCUGGAAUGGAGCACGCAAUACCGUGGUGGCUCCUACUAUGUAGGAGUGCCCAUCUCCUGGGAUUUGCUUAGCGACAACAUCAAGAUCGGCCAGGAUUAUUCGACAUAUAACACUAGGCUCGGAAUUCCUCCUUGGGUACAGAGCGAGGCCAUCCACGGGUUCCUGAUCCCCAACGCAACGAUCUUCAACUCGCCCAUCGCCUACGCCUGCUCGUUCAACCCCGAACUAGUGGAAAAGAUGGCGGGCGCCAUCGCACAAGAGGCUUUGACACUGGGAGUGAACCAGCUCUUUGCUCCGUUGGCCGAUCUUGCACGCGAGCUGCGUUUUGGCCGAGUCGAAGAGACCUUUGGAGAGGACCCUCAUCUAACGGGAGAGAUUGCUUACUCGUACGUCAAGGGACUCCAGGCCGGAGGAGUUGCAGCUAUGGUCAAGCACUUCGCUGCGUUUGCGACACCCGAACAGGGUAUCAACACCGGACCCGUGCACGGUGGAAAGCGCGAGCUUCUUACCACCUACCUACCCUCGUUUAAGCGAGCAAUCAUCGAUGCCGAGGCGUUGUCGAUUAUGAGUGCUUACCACUCUUACGAUGGAGUACCCGCUGUUGCCGAUAAGUACAUACUCACGGAUAUCCUCAGAGAUUCAUGGGGCUAUAAAUACUUUGUUAUGAGUGAUGCCGGUGGUACUGAUCGUCUUUGCAACGCAUUCUUCAUGUGCGAGAGCAGCCCAAUUGACUCCGAAGCCGUUGUGAACUACGCACUGCCCGCUGGCAACGAUGUUGAGAUGGGUGGUGGCUCCUGGAACUUCGAGAAGAUUCCUGAGAUGGUUGCGUCUGGCAAGCUCUCUGUCGACAUUGUCGAUGAGGCCGUUCGAAGAACACUCCGUGCAAAGUUCAAGAUUGGCCUCUUCGAGAGACCCUACGCGGGUGUUUCGGCCGAUGAGCAGUCCAAGUACAUCAACACGCCCGAGAGCGUUGCCCUCGCUCGUCAACUCGAUGCCGAGUCUAUCGUUCUCCUCGAGAACCACGAGUCUGUCCUUCCACUGAGUAAGGAAGCCAACAUUGCUGUGAUCGGACCUAUGGGACACGGCUACAUGAACUAUGGUGAUUACGUGCCCUACCAGGCCUCCCUCAGGGGUGUUACACCUUACGAUGGUAUCAAGGCGGCGAGCUCGGGAACCGUUACUUUCACCCAGGGGUGUGUGCGCUGGUCUCCCGACGAGUCUGGCUUCGAUGAAGCGGUUGCUGCCGCGGAGGCAGCAGACGUGGCGGUCGUCGUUGUUGGCACUUGGUCACGAGACCAGAAUGAGCUCUGGGCCGGCCUCAACGCCACCACUGGUGAGCACAUUGACGUGAACGACUUGCACCUUGUUGGUGCCAUGCCCGGGCUCGUCAAGGCCAUCAUAGACACCGGGAAGCCAACUGUUGUCGUCUUCAGCUCUGGAAAGCCUGUGACCGAGCCGUGGAUCAGCGAAGAGGCCGCCGCCUUGGUGCAGCAGUUCUAUCCCUCGGAGCAAGGAGGCAACGCGCUUGCCGACGUGCUCUUCGGAGACCACAACCCUUCGGGAAAGCUCUCGGUUGGUUUCCCUGUCGACAUUGGUAACGCCCCUGUGUUCUAUGACUACCUGAACUCUGGUCGCGCCUGGCCCAACCCCGGUGAAGUUUACGCCAACGGAACCAUGAAAUUCGGAAGCAACUAUGUCCUGUCGACGCCCAUCCCGCUCUAUGAAUUUGGAUAUGGUCUCUCCUACAGCACUUUCGACUACUCUGAUGUUACACUGUCGCAAUCUACUGCCUCUGCAAGCGACACCGUUACCGUCUCUGUAGACGUAACGAACAACUCGACACUGGAUGGCACCGAGGUCGUGCAGCUGUAUGUCAAGGACUUGAUUGCCUCGGUUGUGGUGCCCAACAUCCAGCUCAAGGGCUUCGCCAAGGUUGCCAUCGCCGCCGGUGCCACCGAGACCGUCUCCUUCGAACUCAAGGUUGCAGACCUUGGAGUCUGGAACCUGACCUACGACUAUGUGGUCGAGCCAGGUAACUUCACGGUGUUUGCGGGAAGCUCGAGCGCCGACUUGAGGUCUAACACUACUCUCACUGUUGCUUAGAUAUCUUCGUGCUUGGGGAAAAUAGACAAUAUUAUAAGCAAUA